GCAAAUACACAUGUAAACAUCCACCAAGAUCUAAAGGAUGUCAAGCUCUGGCAGGUUCAUACACUUUUAAAAGGAUUGGAGAAAAUAGCUGCCAGUGCGGACAUCCCAAUGUUGGUGUGUGGAGAUUUUAAUUCCACUCCUGGAAGUGCUCCCCAUGCACUUCUGGCAAUGGGAAAGGUUGAUCCAAUUCAUCCAGACCUGGGAAUAGAUCCUCUUACUAUCUUGCGUCCUCACACGAAGUUGAAUCAUCAACUACCUUUGGUCAGUGCAUAUUCAUCCUUCGCAAGAAUGGGUGUUGGUCUUGGUAUGGAUCAGCAGAGGAGAAGAAUGGACCCUUCAACCAAUGAACCCUUAUUUACGCAUUGCACAAGAGAUUUUAUCGGCACUCUAGAUUACAUAUUUUACACUGCGGACUCUUUAACGGUGGAGUCCUUGUUGGAGCUCUUAGAUGAGGAUAGCUUGAGGAAAGACACGGCGCUUCCUUCUCCAGAGUGGUCCUCCGAUCAUAUAGCACUUUUAGCUGAAUUCCGCUGCAAACCUAGACCUAGACGUUGACACUCCAGGGUUUUGGAGAUGCACAAAGAUAAUAUGGACAGAGAAGCUGAUGAUGGAUAGAGAGAUAAGUAAUUUGUAAGAAUUGUAGAUCUUGCACGUGCGCUGUGUUCUUUCUCAGUUUAUCAUCCCCCCCUGCAAUGAUCUGCGUUGUAUUAUGCCACCUUUUGUCUCAUAGAAAAUGAUUUUAUCGAGUUUUUCAUUCAAUCUCAUUGCGUCGCCUGCCUACCGCCUUUCUUUUUUUUCAGUUGCCGAUAGAAAAGGGUCUAAUUUAGUCACCAUCUAUGUACUUUUAAUUUGCCUGCAAAGGAAAAGUGGUUAGUGGCAUGCUAUUGUAUGCCCUCCCAUUGAUCUAGGGUUCCAUGUUCCCUUGGAUUUUGGUGCAAUGCAUUUCCUUGUGGUUGCUAAAUCGAAUAAGAAUUUUCAUCUU